UUACACAGACAGAGUAACUUAUAUGUUACAUCUAGUGACACGCAUUAAUUUAUAUUUAGAGGUUAUACAUGAAUUAUUCCUACAGUAAUAAAUAAAAUAUCAAUAAAACGUCAUUGUAAUUAAAGUGAAACAAAGAAAAACUAAUCGUCAUAAAUAAAAACAAAAUCAAACCUGUUAUUAGUAAAAAAAACAUUGUUGUAACUACAAUGUCAAAGUACAACACUUGAAUCCUGGUGAAUUUGUUGGGAUUAAUUUUUUAACUUACAUUGAGGCCAUUUUUGAUUAAUAAUACGUAAUAAUCAUAAGCGUAAUACUAAUAACAAUAAAAAUAUUAAUAAUAAUAAGAAUGUGAACCAGACAAUAGAUUGACAAUUGACUUUUCCAUCCGCGAAAUGAAUUUAUUUUCAUAAUGAUUAUUGAUAAUCCGUAACAAAGUUUAAUUCUUUGGUGACGUUUUAAGUGAAAUAAGUUAAUUGUUAUCAAAAUGGAGAAAGUUAAAUCACGUCAGCGUCGAAAAAAAGAGAAAAGCCGAGCCUACAACAUCGACCGCCAAGUUCCCGACGCGCCAACGAUGGAAGAGUUCGAGUGCUUGCUCGGGGAGUCCCCUACAAACUACCCCCGCGUCGAGGGAAUAGCGAACAUGGAGAGCGAGCUCCACUCAGCAGCGAUCGACACUUCCAUCUAUGAGAAAGAAACCGUAUCUUACAAAGAAGACCAAGAAGACGUGAUCAACGUCUCCAGCAUCCAGUCUGUGAUAUCUAUCGACGAGGUUGACACCACAGAACUCCCUGAAUCUUUGCCUUGUAGUUCUUCUCCCCCUGCCGAGGAAUUAGAAACUACAUUCACUUCAGGAAAAAUAGAAAUUGACCUCCAGCAUACAGAAAAAACCCUCGAGAAAAUCGAAGCUCUUGACUUAAACCCCAACCAAGACCUGAACCAGCUGCAAAAAGACUUGACGCAGCUCCAAAAGGACCUAGACCAAUCCCAGAAAAACCUGGAGCAAACCCAGAAAGACUUUCUUCCAGACAGCAAUCUAAUCGCGAGUUCCUCGACGAACUUUCUCCACCAGAAAGCGUCUCAAAAACCGCUUAAGUCAAAGAUCCAGCCAUUUACCGACGCUCAGUUGUCUUCUCUCUACUCCAACGCAGAAUUAUCUCACCUGGAUGCUUUUAUCAAUGAUUUCAUAGACUCGCAGCUCCGCGCAAGCUCCUCCCGACAGCACCGCCUCCAUGAGCUGCUGAUGAGCUACCUCCGGGUGAGGAACCACCUGACCAUGAAUUCAGUCGAGCUGGAAAACUUGAAAAAGUCCUGCAAGGAAGUCCAGAAGCAGCUUUGGCACCUAGACAAGGCCUCGAUCACUGAGUCUGGAGAAUGCGAGGAUGGAAAUCCCGUCAAUGCUAGUCACGAAUACACCAUCGCUCACUUUAACCAGCAAUCCUUAGUUCCCUUGACGAAAAACCUGUCUUCGAUAAAGGAAUUACUCCACAACUGCCAGGUUCUCUACUGCUACGAAGCCGAGGUGCUAAAGCUCCAAAUCGAACAUUAUAUUCAACGAGUUUCAACUUCUUGUCACGAAUUCGCAUCACUUACUCAAAACGCGGCUGUUUGCUUGAUGACCCACCAGGAACAGGACACCAAGUCUUCUCCAGUGGCAGAACUGACAGAACUUCGGAUUUGCAUCACCAUCCUGUUCAAUUUCCAGCGGCGCGUUCUAAAAGACGGAAAAUUUGUCUUAGAAUCCAGACAAUGGCUGUCAAGACUGGUAGCAGUGCUCCUGAGAGUCGCGACCUGGCAAGAUCAUCUGUUUAUCCUGAACCACGUGCUGCGCUGUCCAGGAGGAGUCACAAAGUGGGCAGCAGGACUGGUCCAAGUUCCUACUACCUGGAACCAGUCAAGAAGAGUCUUGUCGACAUCGACUCUCCAGGACCCCUACCUUGACCACAUGGUGGCCAGUCUAGCGGUGAUGCUGCUGCCAAUCAAAGAUCGGGAAAAGUUCCUGGAGCAGGUUCAAAUUUCGCUCCAAGAAGCCUCGAAUCCUGGAGACACUAUCUGGGUGAUGCUCGACGCUGAGGGUGAAGAAGAUGAAGACAUUUCUACUGCUGCUAGCUUAUUCGAAAGCGACCUAAUCAACUUGCUGAACCAAAUUCCCAUGGACAAAUUAUUCUCCCAGGUGUUGCUGAUUGAAGAAACUGACUCUGGAUUUGUUCAGGACACAAAGGGGAUCACUGAGCAACAUAUGCUGAGGGUGAUAGCUUUUGCGAUAACUUUAUUGAGACUGUUCCGCCAGGGUUUAAAGACCUACGACUCGCCAAGGUACCGUCAGUUGGCUAAAAGACUGAGCGCUUUGAUCCGAGACUGCGUUCAGUAUGUCAGUGACCAGUGGGAAGCUUUUGAUAAAAGUGCUGACCGUUCCACGACCAUCGAAAGAAUCCAGCUGGAGUAUGACUGGUUCUUUAUCCGCGCUACCAUGUGUGUGUUUUCUUCUCGGCGACUUGGAGCCUGGCAGUAUUUAGCAGCGAUUCCUUAUCAUUUAAUUUCUUCCUCUGCGCUGUGGAAUAUCUUUUAUUGUCUUCACAAGGUCCAGGACAACGAAGAUCUCCAACAGGUUGAUUGUCUGAGCGACUGGGAGGCUGAAACCUCGGGAUUACUCAAGCAGUUUGAAGAGAAGUUGAUAGAAAUGCCUGGAGACGAGUCGUACUUCUUGCUAACGACUUUCGCUAAUAUGGCAAUGGCGAGGAGUUUCAAGGAUUAUGAUUUUAUACGCGCUACAACUAUUGAUUUGUUCAGAAUUGGAUUCUUGAGUGAGAAAACCCAGGAGUCUUGUUCUAAAGACGCAAGAUCAUUGCUGUCGAAUUUGACAAGCAAGUAUCCAGCGCUAUUGUCAGAUAUUUUGCUGAAACUGAGAGAUAAUUUUGUGUCCGUGGGAAAGCUGAGCUUGUAUUUGUUCACGGAAUUGUCUAUUGGAAAAUGGAUUCCCAGGGAGGAAGACCUGGGAAUUUUAUCAGGCUGGCUGCAUAAUUUCGGACUGGGGUCUACGGAGAGCCAUCUGGCUAGGUUGAUCCUGACGCACUUGAACUGGGGGCUGGACAGGAACGGAGACUUGUACUUGCCUCAGCAUCUUCAUUACAGGAUCGCAGUGCUGAUAGUCGAGCUGAUGAUCAAGUAUGUGCCAGAAACUCCAGGACAGUCGACAUCACUCCUAGAGAGCGUAAAGAAUGUAUCAGCUAUUGUCAGGCCGCAGAACAAUGAGCAGGCUUUUUCUUUGUGGGCUUGGGAGAUGGUCACCAGGUUGAGACUUCACACGACGGAUACUACGGAGUCCAGCUGCAGAAAUGCUAUUGUCAACCCUGCAGAAGCUUUCUUUCAUGUUCCGGACGUGGAAGCUGAUCCGAUGAUGGAGGUCCUGGUUAAGGGAGUCCGGGAGAAACAGCCGAUCGCUUGCUGGGUUGUUGUCCUGAUGACCCAGUGGGGACACUCGGUUCCUUUAAUUUGCAGCAAGGGGUUUGCCCAGCUUUCGAUAUUGCAGUGCUUUUAUAAAUAUGAGCAAAUUCUUAUUGCCCUCCAUUGUUUGGUGCCUUUGUUUAUUGAUUGUGCAGAUUCUUUGUACAAAAAUGAACGGUUUUGCGGGCUGGUGAACUCGUUGGUGAUGGCUGACAGGACUUAUGUCAAGAUGGCCAAAAAUCUCAUUGCGCCGGAGUUCCCAGGACCGAUUAUGAGGCAGUUUGGGUGGAUGAUUGAAUCACAUAUGAUUAAUUUUAAGAGAUAUUGUUUAUCAAGUCCCGAACCAUUGGUACAAUUGUGGUUGAACAUAUUGGUGCGUAUCCCAGACUGGAAUCGAGACAACAACGUUAUGUAUCUAAUGGAUAUUAUUAUCCGAGCUGCAUUUUUCCAUUUAGACGCGCGAAAAACUACCGAAAAUAUCUUCCAGACUCUGUACACGCUUUCAUUCGAAGGAACUAACGAGAAUCUUGGCUCAUCCAAAUCAACGAACUCAAUCGGAUCUUUCUUGAACUGGGCAACAGGAACAGGAUCAUCAGCCAGCCUCCUCGACGGCUCAACUUCGUCAACCUGGCUAGCAUACUUGAUUCUGUUCACAGAGCAACAAGUGCGCGAAUUAAAAACCGGCUUAUGGCGAGAACUUCUUCGUGAAUUGUCAUCCUCGAAGACCUCCGUAGACUCAGCAUUAAAGCGGGUCUGCAGUACACUAAAAAUUCCCUAUCAGAAUUCAAACUCCCUUGCGAUUUACCGGUGGUCGCAACAAGCUUUGGACACACCACUGGAGCACCCUUUGUUACCGCUUCUCUGGCAGAACUUCUUCACCCUUUUUCUAGCUCGGAUUCCCGUGGCCGGCGUCGACCUAGGAGGUCUCGGCGACAAAUUCUUCGAAGGCAUGAUCAACUUGAGCUACCUGAAGAAACUAAAAAAGCGGCUUAACGAAACCACCGAGUACUUCCAAAUGAAAGGAGAAAACAACUUGGACAAUGGCCACCCCAUCACCGACGAGCAACGAGUCUUUUACUUCAGCACUGCCAAAUUCUACAAGACUCUGAGUCUCUGGCUAGAGGAGCCUCGCUUACAAGAAACCGGGCUCUACCUCCCGGCCUUACCCCCACAAUACAUGUCUCAGAAGCUGAUUAUCUUGAUGCAGGGCGACCGAACACCCUGGCUCGAGUACAUAAACUACCCGCAGAUCCUCAACCAACAAUUGACUAGUCUCGACGACUGGCAGCGAACUUGUCACCGAGUUCCUGAAGAAUCCCCCGCAAAAUCCCCUAAGAAGUCACCAUCUUCUUCCCUAGACCUCGACCCGCUCAAGCGAAUUUACUACCGUCUGACGACCUACGAGGCUCCAGAACCUCCUCCACCACUAGCGAAGCACAACCCGCUGAUAGAACCUAUAUCGCAGGACUGUCUCCACCAUCCUGACAAAAUAAUCCAGACAGUCCAGCCCCACUUGAAAGGUAUUCUAGAAUACGCUACCAUCUACACCCUGAUGGUUUCUGAGCAUACCGCAGCAGAUUGCGCCUUUCUGGAACUAAUUCCGACGUUGUACCGCGAAGUAGACACUUGGAUAACCCUCCAUGCGCUCUGUGACCCAGCUCCUGUAGGCUCUCGGUGUCGCUCAGGCACCCCACCAACAGUUCACUGCGCCGGACCCGCUGUCAUCAGGAUAAAGAUAUCCGAAGCUCGCGUCUGCGAAGGAAUAGAGGCUCUGAUUUCGCAAAACCGAGCAGAGUAUGAGAAUCUACUGAUAAAAGCCGGUCAACCUCCACCCAGCAAGUUCACCCAGGGAUGCGUCUUCAUGGACCACCUGAUCGCUCUUUUAGAGCACGAAUUGAACCUUCACCGAACCUGCGAAAACACUGUAGUGCUUACGGACCUCCAGGCGACGGGGGUGAGACUCUUUUACCACCUGGUGGAAGUCUAUUCGGAAGAAGCUGCUCUUUACCUACCAACCAAGCAGCUAAUUACCACCUGCGUGGAGAAACUAGGCCAGCUGUUCAUCAGCGGUGAAGAGUCUCAGGGCCCAAGGCUGCUCAGCACGAUAAUCCAGAGACCAACUUUGGGAGGUCUUCUGGGCCCACACUUUACUCCAGUAGCUGGAGGAGCUGCUAAUUUUCUGGUGAUGUACUCCACGGUCGUUGAUUUGUCAUCUAGCAGCAACGCGGAUUUAUGCUUUGUUUUGCUGUCGAAAUUCGACGUAGGUGCCUGGCUGAAUUACCGCCGGCCCAGGUUGAGUGAGCGGUCUACUUUCAUUGAAUUGGUCUCCAAGGCGCUGUGCAAUAUCGGGCUGAAUCCUGAAGACGAUAAACUCAUUUUGCACGAACUGUUCCGGAACCAUUUGCGAGCAGUUUUGUUACAUGAGUUCCCGGAACACUAUGGGGAGGUUCUAGGUGCCAUUUUGCGAGGCAGCGAGGGCCAGAAUCUCUCCUUAGACGUGUGGAGAGACUUACUGGCGGCUCUCAGUGGCAGGUCGAGGAACCUGGUGGUUCACCCUUGCAAAGUUCGCGAGGAAAUUCGCAGAUAUGCUACGGAACAGCGGCUUUUGUCGAGACAGGAGAUUCAUGACACUGCGGUGCUUUUGAGUAAGCAUUUUAUGAAGGAGCGACUUCAGUAUGGCCUUUAUGGGUUGUAUCCCAAGUACCGCGUGUAUAAUGAGCCCUUAAAUAUGUUUUUGGGCAUGGUAGGUCACGCUCUAGUUGUCUUUACUCUGCAGUUUGAUCGAGGAUCUCUUGCGGACCAACUCUGUGAGCGUAUCUGGCCGGUAUUGAGCGACAUGUUUGCGCCCUGGAUCACUCCCUACUGGACAAGAAACCUCCAGGAACCCACUGCUGCCUGGAUCCAGCAACUUACUGAUGACAGAAGCGUUCUAUUGCCGUGGAUUAUCAGCGACGGACCUUAUGCGAAUAAAACAGUCGCGGUUUUUGUGGAGUGUAUUAGAUUUAUUAUUGAUACCAUGCCGGCCAGUUGUAAAAUCUUGGGGUAUCUUUGGCAAUUCUAUGUGACCAACUUUGCAAAUGCUUCCAUAAAGGAUCAUGUUCUUAAUGUUAUUCAUGGAAAUUUUUUAUCACUGCCUUGGGAUAAAUUUCUCCCGGAGUUGACUGAUGUCGAGUUUAUGGUCAAGGUUGUUGAUCAAUACUUGCCGGACAGUCAUCUGUUUCUGGGAAAUAUCUUUAUGAUGAUCAACUGGACUACUUGGAUAAAUGACAUACUGGCUACCCAGCCGAUAGCUGUUGCUGGGAGAAUGCAUGUUUGCUUGCUGAAUUUAAUUGUCAAGUUAUCGAAUGAACCGAAUGUUAGACAGAAUGAGAGGGCGAUUCUGUUGGUGACGGAGGCGGAAAAGUUCGCAUGGCAUUUGGUUGAUGCGACGGUUUAUGAUCAGGUGGUGAACUGGCAUGUAAUGAGUUCAGACCCAAGAGUAAUCUUGAACUUGGGAUUCGGUCAAGUACACACAGUAGAUGUUGCUGUUAACAAUUUACUGAAAAUAGUGGCAGCUUACGACGCAACAGUUACACACUUCCAUCCUACGACGUUAAAAAAGCGUCAGAUCUACGUCCGCUCGGCAGUGAAACUCCUGGUGAAUUGCACAACAAGACACAAGUCACUGGUAUCGAGCAAUGCGAAGGCGUUCGCAGCAGCAAUGGGAAAAAUGUUGGAAGAGAUGGAGAUUAUUGUCACCAGCACGGUGUCGGAGAACCAGCAGGCAGCAGAGGCUGGACUGCUUAUUACAGAAUUGCUGCAUUCAGUUAACCAGAGUGGGUUUCUGAUAGAGCAGUUGAGAAUCAGCUGGUGUGGGUGGUUGGCGGACAAGACUGCAGCGAGUCCAGUUCUACUGGGGAUGCUGAGAGUCAUUGGAAUCUCGGUUACCUCUCCGGCGACGUUGGGAGAAAUUAUGGAAGCGGCAUUGGAGUCGUAUUUUAGGCACAGUAUUACAGAAGAUGUUGAACCUAGUUGGAGCAGUGUGCUAGGAAUUUUGCAGCCCGUGGUCCCAAGACAGCCGCCGAUUGAAAGCGUGCUGGUCGCUGAGGGCAGACUUUUGGCGCUGUACGCGCUGCUGAUGAAACGGCUGCCGUCUUGUAGGGACAUCAGGGAAGAAGGAAUGAUGCUUGUUAAUUUGGUAGACUGGAUAACGGCUAUCAAACCUAGUGAAAUAAUCGAAGAAAAAAUUCCACUACUAUGGGCAAAAACAUUCGAAUUAGCUUAUCGUCAAUGUCAGUACAAUGAAAAUACAACAAUUGCUGCCAGAUCACUAAAGCGUCUUGCUCGAGCACUGUUGGCAGUCGCAGAUGACGCUGGACAAGGUUGGGGAAUUUUAGGAGCUAUUGGUAUCAGAAAAGGUUCACAGUUAUCAAUCAGAUGUAAAUUUUUAGCACGCGUACUAGGUACCUACUGCUUCGCACAAUUACCCGACUCGAAAUCGGAGCAACAAAUAGUGCGUUUCACUCCUCAUGCACCGGGUGUCGCGCCCGCGAGAUCCAUCGACCUGGACACUAUCGACGUACGGCCUAGUCCAGAUGUACUCAAAGGGUUGCAAGCUCUUGAAAAUAUCCUCACUAAUAAGCAAUAUGGAGAACUAAAGGGCGACAUCGAAAAAGCUAUUAAAUUAAUUCGCGAUUCGGCAAACUCGCUGCACAAUGCCGUCAAUAUCGUUGGACUGCUUACCACUGAGCUUUAUCAUGAUAAAUAUUUACACGUACUCACGGAAUAAUUUUAACGAGCUUUUUUUAUUAAAUUCGAACUACUUUUAUGUUAUAUUGAGCGUCAUCUAUUACAGGGUUGUUUUUAUGUUUAUGGGUCACUGUUAUGAAAGGUAAUAUCUAGUCAUUUAAUUACCGAUGUACACAUUUUGUUACUUUAGUAGUUAAGCUUCGGAAAUUAUUUUUUUCACUUGAUUAGAAGUUAUUUAUGAUAAUAAUAAUAAUUAAUAUUUAUUAAUAUUAUUAUUAGAUUAUUAUUUUACUGUGGUAUAAGUUGGUUGUAAAAUCGUUUAAGUUCAACUGCUUAUUUAUUUA